GAGAAGGGCGGUGGAACAGCCUAAGCAUAGGGCUGGGAGGAAGGGAUUUUACACAGAAUUCUUCUGCCUUAUCCCCGCCUAGACCAACACUUUCCUACGCAGUGUCCGGACUCAGAGAUGCUUCUGUCCCAAGUGCAGGGGGGAAGGGGAGGUGCGUAGUUAAACUGAUUCCUGAGCAGCCAAGUGGGGAAAAGAGACAGGCAGGGGGGAUUUACUGUUUAGCAAUCUCCUGCUUUUCCCCCCCAAGGUUCUGGUUCCUGCCAAAGCAUUUCCCACUGGGGCCACGGGCCAGGAGCCGCUGUGUCUUUCCCAGAGAGCAGCAGAGCCCAGGGGAAGGAGAGAACCAAGACCAGGGUGGGGAUGCUGCACAGUCUGGAGAGGAGAAAGGAGGCACCUGACAGAGAGAUCAGGAGGGGCCAGUGCGCUGGCUGGAAGGGGGGGCAGCUGCAGGUUUGUGUAGCGAUGGGCCAGGCUCCCUCCUGCCAUCUGUGAAAGUCACAGCCCUGUUUGUCUCUUGUCUAGGAUGGGCCUCGGAAACACCAUGCCUGGAAGGAGCAAAGCCCCUGGAUUUCCUCCUUGGUGAAUACCAUGGAGACUGGUGUCUCUGUCAAGGGCUUCUCCAGGGGCACCGCGGGGCCAGCAGCAAUCUGGAACCCACCCCGCUGCGGCGUACCGGACCUCCCUGCCCUGCCAGACGGGCAGACCGGGCGGAACCGGCAGAAGCGGUUCGUGCUGUCGGGAGGACGCUGGGAGAAGACAGACCUCACCUACAAAAUUAUAAGAUUCCCAUGGCAACUUGUAAACACUAAAGUGAGACGGACCAUUGCAGAAGCCUUGAAAGUCUGGAGUGACGUGACACCAUUAACUUUCACCGAAGUGCACGAGGGCCGAGCCGACAUAGUGAUUGAUUUCACACGGUAUUGGCAUGGUGAUAACCUGCCCUUCGACGGGCCGGGAGGCAUCCUGGCGCAUGCCUUCUUCCCCAAGACACACCGUGAGGGAGACGUCCAUUUCGACUACGAUGAGACCUGGACGAUUGGGAACAACUUAGGGACUGACCUCCUGCAAGUGGCUGCCCAUGAGUUUGGCCACGUCCUGGGCCUGCCGCACACGGCCGUCCCCACCUUCCGCUACCCGCUGAGCCUGAGUGAGGACGACAGGCAAGGCAUCCAGCACCUCUAUGGGAAACCAAAGGGCGGACUCCUGCCAGCCCCGACGGAGAAGGUGGAACCCAGCCCGCCAGACAUUGAAACGAACGAGAUCAGCCACCUGGGGUCUAUGCAGCCUGAUGCCUGCGACACGGAUUUUGACGCUGUUUCCACCAUCCGGGGAGAGCUGUUCUUUUUCAAGUCGCACUACGUCUGGCGGCUCAGGAAUGGGAAGCUGCAGGCCGGCUACCCGGCCCUGGCCUCUCGCCAUUGGCAGGGAAUUCCAGGCUCUGUUGACGCAGCCUUUGAGGACUCCCGAGGCAAUAUCUGGUUUUUCCAAGGCUCCCAGUACUGGAUUUAUGAUGGCGAGCGACGUGUGUCUGGCCCUGCUUUGGUCUCGGAACUGGGCCUCUCUGCUUCUCCAGUCCAGGCAGCUUUAAUGUGGGGGAAAGAGCAGAACAAGAUUUACUUCUUCCACGGAGGCAGUUACUGGCGCUUCAACCCAAGCGCCCGUCAGGUGGAGACCCUCCACCCCCGCAGGAUGGCUGACUGGCGUGGCAUCCCUCAGGAGAUUGACGCUGCUUUCCAGGAUGAGUUUGGUUUUGCCUAUUUCCUGAGAGGCCGGCUUUACUGGAAGUUCGACCCCGUGCAGGUGAAAGUGCUAGAAGGUUACCCACGCCAGAUUGGCCAUGACUUCUUCAGCUGCGCACCCUCCUCCAAUUUCUUCAGAUGAAAGGCAUUCUCCCAUCUCCUCAGGUCUCCAGCUGUUGGAAAGGUGCGAUGCUCUCAUACCGAGGAAUCUCCCAUCCGUUCUUGGCCUCCUGCUGUGCCCAUCUCCUGACACAACGGUUGCACCCCUGGCUUAAGGAGACCCCUGGCUUGAGGUUGCCUGUUUUCAGAUUCCAGGGCCCCUCCAUCACACUUAGGUGUUGGCAGUAAGGAUGCAGAAUGAUUGCCACUGGUUACGUUAACACUUCCCACUGUUAGAUGCCAGAGGCCAGUCUGGGAUAGUAGUUUUCUGGGCCCAUCCCCUUAGAAAAUGGAUCCCACAGGUAUUCCCCAUGUGGACGUGGCCACAGUAAAGCCAUCUUUGCCAUUGCUCAAUCUGCCUUGUUGAGAAUGGAUUCCCCCAAAGGCCACUUCCCUCGCAUUGAAAGGGGACUUUUAACUGUGACAAAAUUCAGAUGCAUCCAGGUCGUGGGAACUACUUCACCCCAGUCAUAAAGGUGAGAGGGCCCCUGCAUUUCAGCGUUUGCAUUGUAUUGUCACUAAUAUUCUUUAUAAUUUUGUACUGAUUUGUAAAAACAUCCUGUUUGUUUUUUAAAGGUGCUGGGUUUCAGUGCUGGACACUGCCCUGUAUCUCCGUAUAUUGUUACUAACUCUGGGAUUAGCUCCCCACAAUAUUGGCUGGGUGUCUGUAACUUUUACAAACAUUUCAGGUUCUUAAGCUUAUCCAGAUUCAGAACCAAUGCUUGUGGCUUGUUUCACACUUCUUUACUCUCUACCUAUUGGUGCAAAUCAACACACAGAAGAGGGCUGUGCAUUUUCUUUCUUAUCUAGUCUUUGUCCUCUCUGCCUUCCCAUCUUUCACACAUGCUAGUCAUCUCCCAAACCGUAUCUCCAAUUGAGCAAAAAUGUAACUGCUUCUAGAUCUCGUGGUUUGUGCUGCAUAGCAAAACUUUAUGGCUGUGUCUACAUUGGCAUCCCUUUCCGGAAAAGGGAUGCUAAUGAGACACAUCGCAAUUGCAAAUUCUGCGGGGGAUUUAAA